CUUAUUCCAUAUGAUUCUAAAAUACCAGAAGAUGUUUGGUAUGCACAAAAUUUACAUCGAGUUAAUGGAUCAAUACCUUCAAUCGAAAUAGCAAAAACGUUUUCUGUUGAAUCAAUGUAUUAUGUACGACCAUUGGGUGUACAUCGAUUUCCUUGGAAUUGUCAAUUUCGUGCAGAUUUAGCAAAAACAUGUCCUGAAUCAAUGCUUAUUAUGCCAGAUUUUUAUCCUGCCAUCGCUAUCAUUGUUGAAUUUCGUGCAGUUGAUCAUCUUGUUGCUAUUGUUCAUAAUGUUAAUUAUCAUAUUCCAUCAACAUGGCCUAUUCAAAUUUUUCAUGGAAAAGAUAAUGAAGAUUUUAUUAGAAAAUCAACUUUAGCACCAUUAAUUGCAUCAGGAAAAAUAUUUCUUACUUUAAUGGAACAAUUUGAUGAUCGUUUUUGA